AUGGUGUCUAAGAACAAAGAUCCAAAUUCAUUAUUCAAUAUUCAACAUGAUUACAUAUACAAGAAAAUAAAAGAAGUUCAACAACCAAAAGAAAUAUAUAAUUUAAUUAUAGAUAAAAAUAUAGAAUCCUUGCUAUAUAAAGUUUUCACAAAAGAUCAAUUACUACGAAUAGUUGCAUCAGUAGAAAUAAUAGAUUCAGAAAGAAGAAAAAAUACAUAUAUGACAGGUAUAUAUUUAUGUGAAAUAAAUAUUUAUAAUUUAAAAUGUAUAUUAGCAGAUAUUCAAACAAAAAGAUAUAAAAAUGGUAUUGCAUUAUUUAGUUAUUUACAUGAUGAUAUAUCACCCAAGAUAAGUGAAUUUUUUUAUGGAAAAUUUUUAAAAAAUCCUAAAACUGAUGAAUAUUUUACAAAAAUAAAUUUUUUAAAUUUUCAAUACAACCCCAUUGAAACAAGAGUGUUUUUAACAGAUGAUAAAACACCCAAUUCAAUGCCAAUAUAUUAUAAUUCAAAUGUAAUGGAAUUUAUAAUGCCUCAAAUUAAUUUAGUUGCAAAAUCGUUAUUAAAUUUAAUGAUUUCAAUGGAAGAAUAUCCUUUUAUUAGAUUUUAUCAACCUCAAGAUGGAUCAUAUUUAGCUAAAAGAUUACCUGAAUUAAUUGCUGAUCUGUUUCAAACUCAAAUGGAUGAAUAUUGUAGAAAAAAUCAAAAUUAUCCAACUCCAGAAGUUUCAGCUAAAACAAGAUCUGUCUUGUUGAUAACUGAUAGAACUAUUGAUUUAUAUUCUCCAUUAUUACAUGAAUUUACUUAUCAAGCUAUGGCAAUGGAUAUAGUUGAAAGUUUAGAAAGAGAAGGGAAAUUUAAAUAUCAAAGUGAAAAUGAAAAAGGUGAUAUAACAGAUGUUGAAAUAACAUUAGAAAAUGAAAAUGAUGAAGAUUGGAUAAAUUUAAGACAUUUACAUAUUAUUGAAAGUUCAGAAUUAAUUGUAAAUAAAAUUACUGAUUUAAUUAAAAAUAAUCCUUUGUUGAUAGAUAGAUCAAAAGCAAAUACAUCAUCAGAUUUAAUGUAUAUUGUUGCUCAUUUAAAAGGUUUUGAUGAAGAAAGAAAACAAUUAACAUUACACAAAACUCUUAUAGAUAAAUGUUUAGAUAUAAAUGCUUCAAGAAAAUUAGCUGAAUUUGCAGCAGAUUUUGAACAAACUUGUUGUGCUGAAGGUGUUAGUUUUGAAGGUGAAAGAAAUAAACAUUUACAUGAUGAUUUAAUAAUAUUAUUAGCAAGAGGUGAUUUACAUAUUAAUGAUAAAAUUAGAUUAAUUUUAAUAUAUGCUUAUUAUAGAGGUGGAUUAAUUAGAUCAGAUUUUGAAAAAUUAGUUAAAUUUAUUGGAGUUAAUGAUAGACAUAUAACAGGAUUAAUGGAAAAAUGUUUUAAUAAUGUUGAUAAAUUAGGUUUUGAAAUUUUUAAAAAAAAUGUAAAAGAUAAACCAUUUAUAAAACAACAAUUUCAUACAAUUAAUAAUGAAGGUACUUAUAAUACAAGUAGAUUUACUCCUGGAAUAAAGACAAUAAUGCAAAAUGUUGCAAAAUAUUCAUUAGAUAGAGAAUGGUUCCCAUAUUUUAGAGAUAUACCUUUAGAUGAUGAAGUUCAAACACAAGAUUUAUUAAAUGGUCCUAUAAAAAGCAAAGAUCAAAAACAACAACAAUCAUUAAAUCCAAGUGGAUCUUUAAGAAAUCCAAGAAUAAAAGCAAGUUGGGCAUCAUCAACAAAUACUCCAUCAAGUUAUAAUGGUACAGGAUCAUCAUCACAAAAACAAAAACAAAGAAUUUUUUGUUUUGUUGCGGGAGGAAUAACAUAUAAUGAAAUUAGAUCUAUAUAUGAAUUAACAAAUUCUUUAAAUAAAGAAUUUUAUAUUGGUUCAGAAUCUAUAUUAAAACCAAGAGAUUUUUUAAUUGGUUUACAAAAUUUAGGUGAUAAUAAAACUUUAGAAGCAUUAGAUUUAAAUAUUGUAAAAGAAUCUCAAAAAAGUGAUGAUAUACCAACUUAUUUAUAUAAUGAUGGUACAGGAAUACCUAAACCAUUUGUACGACAACAAUCUUCACUACAACAACCAUAUCAACAACAACAACCACAAACAUCCGUACCGCAACCACAAUUUGGUCAAUCUUCAUCUUUUCAACAACAAGUUCAUGAACAACAACAAAUGUAUGCAAAAGCUCAUGGUUUAGAUAAUAAUGGUAAUGGUAAUUCAAAUGGUCCUUCUCAUUAUCAAAAAAGAAACAACUCUACAAAAAAUUCACCAUCCGGUAUACAACAACAUCUUGAUAAUGAUUCUGUUUUAAGUGGUUCGAAUAAUUCAAAAUCUUCUAGUACAAGUAAACGUUCAAAAUUGAAGAAAUUUUUUAAAUAA